CGUCUGUUCAACAAAAUGAAAUCAACUGGCACACUACGACAAGCUUUACUCUUAUACCGGCGAAGGACAACCGACGUUCUUUUAUAUUGAAAUGGCGGUACCAACUAACUGGCGAUCAAUAUUUGCAGUUGUCUGCGAUACACGAUUCUGUCCUAAAGGUAGGCAAUCCCACAUUAAAGCAUUAAGGAAUUUUUUAAUUUCCGGUUUGCUUCUUUGUGCCGGCAAAAAAAAAUGGUUUCAUUGUUGGCUCGAGAUCGAUGCCGUUUCGGUGUUAAUACCUUUCGAUUGGCUGCUUCGCCUGAGAUGGAUUCACGAUGAGAAUCUAAUUUUUAACAUUAAGGCCUGGAAUCUUUGCGCCACAGACACGCAACCAUUCUUUAGUGUCGCAUCGCAGGUAUAACAGUCCGGUAUACUUAUCAGACUCCUAUGAACAUUAUAUACCCAAACCGUUCUAGGAUUGGUGAAUCUUUCUUAAGAACUCCUGUACCGUCUCCUUGCUUAAAAUGGUGUAUACAUUAAUCAAUCGUGUCAAACUCCUCAUUUGGAUGACAGCUUGCGUUCUUCACGUCAUUGUCACAGCGUGCCCCCAAGGUUGGUACCAAUGGCAUAACUCGUGUUACAUUGCGCUUCAAGGAAAACCUCGUUGGGCCGAUGCUGUUACGGGGUGUCAGCGUCCAGGGAGCAGUCUCAUAGUGCCAAACUCAUGGGAGGAACAUAAUUUCAUAAUGAAACUGCGCGACAAAUUGUUAAAAGGGUCUAAAAAAUUCACACCACUCUGGAUCGGGUGUGAUGUCGCCGACGGGAAUCUACGGUGCGUUGGAGGGAAACCUCACACAAAUGUAACCAUCCACAACUGGGGCGAAAAUCAUACCCAUGCCGCUAGCCCUAACAUAUUUUGCAUUGGAAUGUUAGGAAAUGCUCACGUGGUACUCAUCAAAAAGAAAUGCAGCGAGCGUAGAUUCGCGAUGUGCGAAAUUCCUGACGUUGUCCCGUCUUACUGCGUAUCGUUGGGAGCUGACGGCCGCGUUGCACGGCGGUGUCUCCAUCACCGCCAUGAGAUCAAGAAACUGACGGUCCAGGGAGUCAGCGAGUGCGGCCAGGCCUGCUGGGCCGAGCCCCGAUGCCGCUCCUUCAAUCUCUGGCAGGGAGGUCCGGCCAAGACCUGCCAACUCAACGACGUGACGAGCAACGAGCAUGCGCUCAUCACGUCAUUGUCACAGCGUGCCCCCAAGGUUGGUACCAAUGGCAUAACUCGUGUUACAUUGCGCUUCAAGGAAAACCUCGUUGGGCCGAUGCUGUUACGGCGUGUCAGCGUCCAAGGAGCAGUCUCAUAGUGCCAAACUCAUGGGAGGAACAUAAUUUCAUCAUUAAACUGCACGACGACUUGUUCAGUGGGUUUAGAAGAUUUACACCACUCUGGAUCGGGUGUGAUGUCGACGACGGAAAUCAACGGUGUGUCGGUGGGAAACCUCACACAAAUGUAACCAACGAAUACACCAACUGUGGCAAUAAUCAUACCAGUGCCGCUAGUCCUGACAGAUGUUGUCUUGCAAUAAGAGGAAAUGUUCACGGGACACUUAUCAAAAGGAACUGCAACCAGCGAAAAUUUGUGAUGUGCGAAAUGCCUCACUUUGUCCCGUCUUACUGCGUAUCGUUGGGAGCAGACGGCCGCGUAGCACGGCGGUGUCUGCACGGUCAUGAGAUCAAGAAACUGACGGUCCAGGGCGUACUCGAGUGUGGCCAGGCCUGCUGGGCCGAGCGCCGAUGCCGCUCCUUCAAUCUCUGGCAGGGAGGUCUGGUCAAGACCUGCCAACUCAACAACGCGACGCGCAACGAGGUAAGCGCUUCGUACCCUAUUGAAAACGGAAACUGUUUCUACUUCGAUUUAUAGAUGCACAUUUUCGCAGCGGAAACUGUUUUUUAUACUUCGAUUUAUAGAUGAACAUUUUCGCAGCUUUAUACAAGCUGUUAAGUUUGAUACCUGUAUAUGGAGACUGAUGUGUUGUACUAAGGUAAUCGUAAAACUAGUGACUUUUAUUUCAAAGUAAAAUAAUUUUGUU